AUGCUAUUGCUGCUUUGUGCCACAUGCCAACAUGCUAUUGCUUAUAGUAAUUUCAUCCAACCAAUUCCAAAUAUGAAGAUGUGGCCUGAAACUAACAAUCCAAGGAUUGAACCUCCUGAACCUAAACCAAUGUCUGGCAGACCUGCAAGAAAUAGAAAAAAAGGCAAAGAUGAACCAAGAAAGAAGUAUGGAAAAAUGUCCAAACAAGGAGUGAAACAGACUUGUUCCAUGUGUAAACAACAAGGUCAUAACAAGAGAUAUUGCAAGGUUGCUGGUCAAAGUUCAGAAGCAACUACCCAUAAUUCAUAAUUUUCUGGUCAAAGCUUACAAGGAAGUAGCCAACCUGAAUCAAAAAA